AUGUCUCUCUACUACGAAACAGCGCCCUUCCUCUCAUCAGACACCUCAGCUGGGUCCCUCAAGUCACGCGUCUUCAAUCCUCGACAAUCGGCAAAGUCGCAACCGAAGCAGAUCUUCGCGCUUGCUAGCGAAGCUGCCAAAUGGAGCCCCGUGCUAGCUGAAGUCAUUGAGAGCUCUCAGUUGCUCCAAUCUGAGCACAAAUUAACCCCUGAACUCGCUCUCCUCCUCGUUCACGACCUCCUUCUUGCCAAACGGGGCAUCCAAGCACCAGCAGCACAUGCUCUGAGAAACGCAGUAGAAAAGCACAAAGCUCGCUUGACUGCGGAGCUCGUCAAGGCAAGGUUGAGAAAAGGGUGCUCGAGUCUAGAGCAACUGCGAGCUAGCCUCGAGAAGAGCAAGGUACCACAACUUCUCACAAAUGGUGAUGCAACCCAGAAUGGCACAAAUGAAGUUGCAAUCGUACAUCCUCGCUGGGUACGUGUGAAUAGCUUGAAGGCUACACUGCAGGGGCAACUGGACACGACAUUCGCGGGAUAUUCUACGGUGAAAGAGCUGGGAGACCUAGUAAAAUCGAGCAUACCGAAAGUUUUACACAUUGACAAGCAUAUCCCUGAUCUCGUCGCUCUCCCUGCGUCUGCAGACCUUACAAAGUCGGUUGGCUACCUCAACGGCUUGAUCAUCCUUCAAGAUAAAGCGUCCUGUUUUCCAGCCUACCUACUCGAUCCGAAGGCUCAAUCAGAGGGUCACAUUCUGGAUGCUUGUGCAGCACCAGGAAACAAAACAUCACAUUUAGCUGCGUUGCUGGCAACACAGAAGGUCGGGAGUUUAACGAGAAAGAUCCUAGCUUGCGAGAGAGACAAGAGCAGAGCUCAGGCCUGUGUUCAGAUGAUCAAAACAGCAGGUGCCUCGAAAAUCGUGGACGUUCAUGGAGGGCAGGAUUUUCUGAAGACUUCUCCACAGAAGCUACCUUGGAGUAAGGUGUCCGUAAUCCUUCUCGACCCGAGUUGCUCCGGGAGCGGUAUGGUUGGACGAGACGAGGAAUUGCAGGUCACACUACCGCAGCGAAAGAAGCAUGACGAGCCAGGGGCAACAAAGAAAAGAAAGAGAACGGCGUCUACACGAGAACAGGAACAGGUACAGGAAACAAUGAAGGAGAAUGCGCAGCCUGAUCUGAGUGCUGAGAAGCUUGCUGCACGUCUGGAACGCCUCUCCACAUUUCAGCUCAAGCUUCUUCUCCACGCCUUCACUUUCCCCAAAGCGAUCAGAAUGACAUACUCUACAUGUUCAAUCUACGCAGAAGAAAAUGAGUACAUCGUGGUCAAAGCUCUGACUUCAAGAGAGGCGACAGAGCAUGGAUGGCGAAUACUGAGAAGAGAUGAGCAGAUUGUUGGACUACAAAAAUGGCAUCUACGUGGUUCAUAUGAUGCUUGCAAAGAAGCAGAUCUAAAGCAAGAGCUGGACUGUACAGAUAUCGCCGAGUCCUGCAUUCGCUGCUCAAAAAGUACAGAAGACGGAACUCAGGGUUUCUUUGUUGCUGGGUUUGUGAAGCAAGACAGAGAAGGGGAAGAAAGCGAGCAAGAUGAGUGGGAAGGAUUUGAUGAUGAGAAUGAUUGA